AUGGGGAGGAGGGGAGCCCUUUGCAGCCUGGGAGGGGCUCCUGUAGGAGCAGGAAGCCGGGUAAGGGGACCCCAGGAAGUGACCUCACCUCCCUGGUCACAGAGCCCAACAGAACUCGGAACCCGGGUCACCAGGCACCCACGUUCUGGAGACAGCGCCGGACUGGGCUCAUUCGUUGGGACACCUUCGCCUGACGAACAUGUUCUCCUGUUGUGUGCCCGUGUCCCGCGGCUGCCGGCUCAGGGGAGCCCGCGGCCUCGACCCCGACCCUGGAGACAGUGGGUCAGGUCGUACACAGGACGCCUCAGGUCUCUAGCUCGUAGGGACCCAAAGAAAUCAACCGAUGACAUCGGGAAACGAUUGGUGGAAUCCCGAUACACCUGCCCUACAGAGUUGUGUGUGUGCCCCAUCGCCCAGGAGGGCCACCCUGGACCCGUGGAGAGAGUGACUGCACUGAGGUUUUGGGAAGCAGGGCCUGGAGUUGGCCUGGGAAGGCCUCCUUCAGCGCCCCGGCUCCGCUGUAAGGUCCUCGUUCACCUGUCCUGGGACCAGUUCUUUGAGUCCCUGGAGUCAGAGCCUGAGGAGUCCGGGGCAGGAGCAGAAGCCGGUGCUGCUCCAGAGCCCGGCCCAACAGCAUCGGGGUCCUCGGCGUCUCUGCAGGCAGGGGUGGAGUCUGGGGCGACUCCUGCAGGGGCCGGAGAGCCAGCAGGUGACCUGGGACCUGUGCGGGGACAGCGGGCACCUGAGCAGAGUCAGCUGGGUCCUGCUUCUGCUGGUUCCACUGUUCCCGCUUCUGCUCCCAACACUGUUCCUGCCAUCGCCCUUCUCCCCGCCCCUGCCACUGUCCUUGGUCCCACAUGGAUGUCGGCCAAAAAUCAAGGGAUUGAAGACCUAUACAGGGUGCUUUUUUUUAUUUUAUUUUAUUUUUUGUUUAUUAUAUUUUAUUUCAAAUUUAUUCUCCAAUCCCUGACCCCGAUCCCCACCAAAAUGUCUCUUCCUCUUCCCCCUUAUCCUUUUUCUCUUCUACUUUUUAGCUUUUAUUUGUUCAUUAGUUAUAAUUUAUAUUAAUCUUCAAUAAAAAUUUUGUUUAUUUUA